AUGGUGGGUCUCUCUGAAGGGGAGAAGCACUUCAUCCGCGGCGGCAUUACGCAGGACCUUCGCACUGAUGGACGUAAGCGACUGCAGUUCCGGGCCCUCUCCGUCCAAACUGGAGUCAUUCCACAGGCGAAUGGCUCAGCGCGUGUUAGAUUGGGGGCCACUGAAAUAAUUGCUAGCGUCAAGGCUGAACUUGGAAAACCAAGCAUUCUUCACCCUGACAAAGGAAAAGUUUCCAUUUUUGUUGACUGUAGUCCAACCGCUGAGCCUAUGUUUGAGGGUAGAGGUUCUGAAGAAUUGUCUGCUGAGCUCUCUGUUUCCCUGCAAAGAUGCUUGCUGGGUGGUAAAAGUGGUGCUGGUGCUGCAAUUGAUCUGUCGUCCCUAAUUGUUGUUGAGGGAAAGGUCUGCUGGGAUCUGUACAUUGAUGGGCUUGUGGUCAGUUCUGAUGGUAAUUUGCUAGAUGCACUAGCUGCUGCGAUAAAGGUUGCUUUGAGUGAUACAGGUAUACCAAAAGUUAAUGUUUCUGUUAAUGCUGCAUCUGACGAGGAGCCUGAAGUUGAUGUAAGCGAUGAGGAAUUUCUGCAGUUCGACACCUCCAGUGUGCCUGUUAUUAUUACAUUAACCAAGGUGGGUCGGCACUACAUCGUUGACGCCAACUCAGAGGAAGAAUCCCAGAUGAGUUCAGCAGUGUCGGUAUCAGUCAACAGGCAUGGCCAGAUAUGCGGGCUUACCAAGAGGGGAGGUGCAGGGCUGGACCCAAGCGUCAUCUUCGAUAUGAUAUCUGUCGCCAAGCAUGUCAGCCAGCAGUUCAUCUCUCUCUUGGAUUCAGAGAUUGCUGCUGCCGAAGCUGAAGAGGCUGAGUGUUGA